AUGAUUUUUUUAACUUCCGGUGUUGUGUUCUUAACUUUUCUGGUAAUAGUGGGGAGGUUUUAAGGGUUUACUGCUGGAGUGAUUGGCAUGUGAUGUGGUCGCCGCGGGGCUCACUCAAUAUUUACUCGUACAGUGAAACGUCGACUUCAUGUUGGAACAACUUAUGGUUUCAUUGGAUCUGAAAUCUGAGUUUCUGGGCCUCUUUAUUAUCCAUUCCUAGAUGAUACCUGGGCCGCCUGUUCCUGGCCCUUAAUUUCCCAUCACCUGAAGACGGAACCAAGUCCCCAACUCGCAAGGCAGGCAAUUCUUCCGCCGGAAACUGAACAACAAACACAGCUUAGCAAUUCAUAAGGCGAACUGAAGUAAAAGAAGAAAUAGUAAUGAAGAGACUCAGUCGAGGGCUUAUCCUGUGCAUGAAUUCAUUGAGGCAAAUUCAAGUAGCAAAAUCAAAUCCCCAUCCUCGUAAUCAAAGAUCAUUUGUUUUACCCGCGAUUCCCAACAUUUUUCUUUCUUUUUGUCGCUAUUAUUCCACCGAGCUGCAACCUCAGCUUUCUACUGACCUCCUGAAAAUAAUGGAACAAAGAUUAGUCGCUAUUGAGCAUAGGAGUGCUUUUCUCGAGAAUUUCAUGAACCAGCCAGAAGCCUCACCUACCGAGUAUUCGAAGGCUAACAAAGAGCUUCAUAAACUUAGGGACUCAAUGGACCUCAUAAAUGAGCUGAGAACCAAACAGAAGGAGAUUGAUAGUUUGAGGUCAUUGAUGGCUGAAUGCCCCAAUGAUAAAGACAUGCUUGAGAUGGCAACUGAGGAUCUUGGUAAGGCUUUGGAAGAAGAGAAAAGACUGCAGAACUUGUUACUCAAGUCGUUACUUCCUAGAGAUGAUGCUGAUGAGAGGGACUGCAUUUUGGAGGUUAGAGCAGGAACUGGUGGGGAGGAGGCUUCUUUGUUUGCGAUGGAUGUGUUCAAAAUGUAUGAGAGGUACUCACAGAAGAAGGGGUGGAAGUUUGAAGUGGUAGAUAUAGCAGAGUCUGAUCUGAAAGGGUAUAAGGAAGCUAGUGCAGCAAUCUCAGGAGCUGGUGUUUAUGGGAAACUUAAAUUUGAGAGUGGAAUUCACAGAGUUCAGCGUGUUCCUGUGACAGAGAAGUCUGGACGGAUCCACACUAGUGCUGUAUCAAUUGCUGUUCUCCCUCAGGCUGAUGAGGUAGAUGUCCGGUUAAGGAAUGAAGAUUUGAGAAUUGAUACUUACAGGUCUGGUGGUUCUGGCGGUCAACAUGCAAACACCACCAACAGUGCAGUUAGAGUCACACAUUUUCCCACUGGUAUAACAGUAACUAUACAGGAUGAACGAUCCCAGCAUAUGAACAAAGCUAAGGCCCUUAAAGUACUGUGUGCAAAGCUGUAUGAAAUGGAGAGGUCCAGAAUUCAGACAAGCCGAUCAAAGCUUAGAUCUGAACAGAUUGGUAGUGGAGAUAGAUCCGAGCGCAUUCGAACCUAUAACUUUCCUCAAGGGCGAGUCACCGAUCAUCGUGUCGGCAUCACUUAUCAUGCAAUAGAUGAUGUGAUGCAGGGAGAGAAUUUGGAUGUCUUUGUGGAUGCUCUUCUUUUGCAACAGGAAAUGGAUGCAAUUGCAACCUUCAGUUCUGAUCAAUGACGUUUAUUACGGGUAAUGUCUUACCCGUCGCAGAAUUUUAUUUGCCUCAUCAUUUUCACACAUGAAACGGCCAUACCCUUUGUUCUCUUGCAACCUGAAUCUUUAAAAUAUUCAACUUCAUAUUGGUGAUGCAUGGACUAACAGAGAGGAACAGGCAAUUACACUUUCAUGACAUGUGCUAUCGCCUGUUGUAUCUUUUACUGAUUGUUCUGGGAGCAAUUACAGCUUUACAAUAUUAUUAUGUAGCGUGUUACACAGAUAUUAUAGGCUUAAUUAGAGUUGACAUAUGUAUGGUUGCCCCCACCUGAUUUUUAGCAGACUCGAUAGCCAUGUAUUACAAGUUUGCAAUUAAUAUCUUUUUCCCUUACUAAA